AUGCCCGCAAUCGUCGCCGACAGCCCUUAUCAGCCCGCCAGUGCCAGUCCGUCGAGCUCGUUUGAUAUUGCCCAGCGAAAGUCCUACGAAAAGACCUCCGUUGGCAACACCUUUCUGUACACCCCUGGCGCCAAUGGCGAUGUGGGCCGUCUCGAACCGCAUAAUUUCAACCACCAGCAAUCUGACCAUAAACAGUUCAUCACCAACCUGAAGAAUGGCAGUGUUCCAUCCUUGAACGGAGCGCGGUCAAGCAUCGGUUCUUAUAGUCGGGAUCGCCCCUUUUCCAGGACAGACAGCACGCCCUCGCUGAAUAGCGUGUCCUUCCGCGAGGGUCGGGAACAACAACAACAACAACAGCAGCAGCAGCAGCCUAGCCGUCGAGGAUCAGCGAUGGUCGAUGGGCAUGCGCAACAGGGGUACGAGCUGGAGCCGCCUCAUAUGAAUGGUAGUAGUACUUUGUUAUCGACUCCCUCACGAUCGCCGAGUUUGAAACCAGUCUCCAACGGCGACCCUCAGAGGCUGUCUACGAGCGAUGACCGGGCUUCUUAUCUAGACCCCAGCCAUUCGACCAGAAGCUACACGCAUGCUCCGCUGUCUACUUCGCUCCCCGACGAUUCGACUAAUCAUCUGCCCCCCGAACCUGACCGUCUUGCGCCACCAAGCAGGCGCUCCCAGCAUCGAUAUUCUUCUCCUCCCGCGCCGAUCAAUUAUGAAUCCUGUUCACCUUCCUCUCCGAGCUCCUAUUCCCAUAGACAUACGCUCCAAAUCCCGCGAUCGAUUUCCCGCAGGAGCCGUGAGCUUUCCCUCGACGAGGCUCGAGCGUACGCAACCGGUCGUUCAGAUCACCACCGUCGCCCGUCGUUGAGUCUUGUUCGUCGAGCUACUCGGACGGGCGCUCAGGACCAGAGUGACGACGCCCUAACCGAUGAAGAUGCUGCUCGCUGGGCCGAAGCGAUCAAGCAGAAACGGGCCAGGAAGAAGCGCCGCGAGGAGGAAGAUGACGACCGCGUGAUUGUAGGCACCAAAGUAGACCAAAAUCACCAGAAUUGGGUGACUGCUUACAACAUGUUGACCGGUAUCCGAUUUGUGGUAUCGAGAAUCAAUGCAAAGAUGGAUCGUGAGCUGGAACCGGCUGAUUUUAAUGCGAAACACAAGUUUUCAUUCGACAUGUACGUCUUUUCAUUUUUGCAAUAUUUGUUUUCCAAGGCACGUCAAAAAGCUAAUCGAGUGUUCAGAACUGGUAACGAAUUGACGCCAUCUGCCAAAUACGACUUCAAGUUUAAGGAUUACGCUCCUUGGGUCUUUCGCAACUUGCGCGCCAAAUUCAAGCUGGAUCCAGCAGACUAUUUGAUGUCCUUGACGAGCAAAUAUAUCCUUUCGGAGCUUGGCUCACCUGGCAAGAGUGGAAGCUUCUUUUAUUUUUCCCGGGAUUAUAAAUACAUCAUCAAGACGAUCCACCACUCGGAACACAAGCUGCUACGCAAGAUCUUGCCGGACUACUACAAGCAUAUCGAGAACAACCCGAAUACUCUGAUCUCUCAAUUCUAUGGCCUGCAUCGCGUGAAGAUGGCGUAUGGUCGCAAGAUUCACUUCGUUGUCAUGAACAACCUUUUCCCUCCACAUCGCGAUAUUCACCAGACCUUCGAUCUAAAAGGUUCGACUAUUGGGCGCGAUUUGCACGAAGAAGAUCUGGAAAGAAACCCCCGCGCAACAAUGAAGGAUCUCAACUGGCUACGAAGAAACCGUCAUCUAGAGCAAGGGCCGAUGAAGAAAGAGGUCUUUAUGGCCCAGCUGCGACGAGAUGUGCGACUGUUGCAGAGGCUCAAGAUCAUGGACUAUUCGCUAUUAGUCGGGAUUCACGAUUUGAGUCGCGGUAAUGAGGAGAAGCUGCGCGACAAGACAUUGCAAGUCUUUCAGCCCGGGGGGGAUCGGGAUGAAGAUCCCAGUGCCAAUUUUUUGACAAGGACGCCAUCCAAAAUGGAGAACGCGCGCAAGGCUAGAGAGCUACGGCUGACGCUGAAACGAGAGCGCCCGGUACCUAUACAGCAGACGGCAGCCAAGAUGCCGGAUGAGAUUCUCGACGAGAGGAAGAAUCUGGUUUUCUAUUCUGAUGAUGGCGGGCUUCGAGCGACACAUGAGAACGGGCAGCGGGGAGAGGAGAUUUAUUACCUUGGUAUUAUUGAUUGUUUGACCCCGUAUGGCAUUGUUAAGAAGGCCGAGAAUUUCUGGAAGGGGUUGUCGAACAAUCGGACACAGAUAUCACCUAUCCCUCCAGAGCAAUAUGGAGAGCGCUUCAUCAACUUUAUGGAAGGGAUUACAAUGUCCAAAGAAGAGGCAGAGCGACUAGAGCAGGCCAGGGCCAAUGAGGCGACCUCUGAAGACCGAGUCAGGGCUACCGAAGGCAUGCGCCGGGAGUCAGUGGAAAGGACCAUGGAAGCAGCAGAGAACGUGGCCCGACACUCUGGCCCAGAGCCGCAAACACGCACUCUGUCGACUAUGUGGGAUCCGCAAGACGCGAAUAGUGUUAACGGACCGUCCACGCUGCCCAUUGUCGACGAAGCCGGUGAAGCUGGAAGUCAAAAGAGUGGCCGCAGUCCCAAGAAUCGCGCAGAGUUGUCGGAUCGCGCAUCCGAAAAAGGUCGAGUCGCUUCGCCGUUGUCGCCCCCAGCACCAAGCUGA